CGCGUCAUCUGGCAAGGCAGUGGGCACCGGGUCACCCAGACAUUGGAUCGUCUGGCUCGACAGCGGGCAUCGGGUCACCAGGUAUGACAGCGGGCACUGGGUCACCAGGCAUCAGGUCAUUUGGCUCGCCAGCGAGCACCGCGUCAUCUGGCAAGGCAGUGGGCACCAAGUCCCCAGGUACGACAGCGGGCUCUGAGUCAAUUGGCACGACAGCGGGCACCGGGUCACCAGGCAUUGGAUCGUCUGGCUUGACAGCGGGCAUCGGGUCACCAGGCAUCAGUCAUUUGGCUCGCCAGCGGGCACCGCGUCAUCUGGCAAGGCAGUGGGCAUCGAGUCACCAGGUACGACAGCGGGCUCUGAGUCAAUUGGCACGACAGCGGGCACCGGAUCAGGUACCGGAUCAUCUGGAUCAACAGCGGGCAUCGAGUCAACUG